AUGGCAGCAAAAUCCUGCUCGGGACUGGGAGCUCCGGUCCUCCGACAGCUUCUGGGGCUGGCUUCUCGGCCCUCCCCCGCUUUUUCUGAAAUACAGUUCAGCUCCUCUAGUACUACCACUUCGGAGAGCCAAGAACCGUCUUCCGGGGAUCAAGCAGCGAGUGCGCUUCAGCAGCAGCUCCUACUGAUGGUGGCGCGAAGGACCCUUUCAGAAAGCCCACGGCAACCCAGCCAGGACCCUGAGGAUUCUUCGUGUUCUUCAGCACAACGGAAACUGAAUAGGCAGUUUUACAGAUUUAUUAUAUUCCCUGGCAAAUGGAUUAAAGUCUGGUAUGAUCGUCUUGCCUUGUUGGCAUUAUUGGACAGGACAGAAGAUAUAAAAGAGAAUGUAUUUGCCGUCCUUCUAGUAGUUCUCGUUUCACUUCUUGGAUUCCUGACUCUGAAUCAAGGUUUCUGUAAAGACAUUUGGGUUCUGUUGUUCUGUCUUGUGAUGGCCAGCUGCCAGUAUUCUCUCCUAAAGAGUGUUCAGCCUGAUCCUGCUUCACCAAUACAUGGACACAAUAAAAUCAUAACCUACAGCAGACCUGUGUAUUUUUGUAUAUUGUGUGGCCUUAUUUUGCUGCUAGAUGCUGGAUCUAAAGACACAAAUCCUCCAGUUUAUACAAUGUAUGGCUUGAAGCUUUUUUCACCUAGAUCUCUCCAAUCAGCCAGAGACCAUGCAAUAGUGUUUUUAUAUUGUUUUCCUGCAAUUUCUCUUUUUGGUCUUUUCCCUCAAAUCAACACCUUCUGUAUAUAUCUUUUGGAGCAAAUAGACAUGUUGCUUUUUGGUGGUUCUGCUGCUGCUGGGUUUGUAUCUGCAAUAUACAGCAUUUCCCGAAGCUUUGUUGUUCUGAUUGUCCUAUACGCUUUCUGCUUCAGCGCGGUGAAGGAACCCUGGGAUGCACAACACAUUCCAGCUCUGUUCUCUGCUUUCUGUGGUCUGAUAGUUGCACUUUCUUAUCACCUCAGCAGACAAAGCAGUGACCCAUCUGUGCUGAUGUCCCUUAUUCAGUGCAAGUAUGUCCCUCACUUUUUACGUCAACAAUUUGAAGAUUCAUCAGCAGAUCCACUCCCAGAAAAGAUGAGAGAAUCAGUGAAAGAAAUCUUGAAAUCGGAUCUCAUUGUCUGCACAGCGGCUGCUGUUCUGUCAUUUGCUGUCAGUGCCAGUACUGUGUUUCUAUCAUUAAGGCCAUUUCUCAGCAUUGUCUUAUUUGCUUUAGCAUGGACAGUGGGAUUCGUAACACAUUACAUACUUCCUCAGCUUCGCAAGCAUCACCCCUGGCUGUGGAUCUCCCAUCCCAUACUUAAAAGCAAAGAGCACCAGCAACGGGAAGUAAGAGAUGCUGCUCAUCUGAUGUGGUUUGAAAGGCUCUAUGUGUGGCUUCAGUGCUUUGAGAAAUACGUUUUGUAUCCAGCUAUAAUACUGAAUGCCCUCACCAUUGAUGCUUUCUCAAUUAGUAAAUACAAGAAGCUUGGUACACACUGUGAUAUUAUCCUGAUAACUGUUGCUGGGAUGAAACUCCUCCGCUCCUCAUUCUGUAAUCCUAUUAAUCAAUUUGUUACUUUGAGCUUUACUGUAAUCUUCUUCCGAUUUGACUAUAGAGACAUUUCAGAAAACUUCUUGCUGGAUUUCUUCAUUAUGUCCAUUGUGUUUCAUAAGCUGUGGGACCUACUGCAGAAGUUGCAGUUCAUCAUGACAUACAUUGCUCCCUGGCAGAUUGCCUGGGGAUCAUCGUUCCAUGUUUUCGCUCAGCUCUUUGCAAUACCUCAUUCUGCUAUGCUUUUUUUUCAAACUCUGGCCGCUUCAGUCUUUUCUACACCAUUGAGUCCAUUUCUUGGUAGCGUCAUCUUUAUUGCAUCAUACGCAAGACCGAUCAAGUUCUGGGAGAAAAACUACAACACCAAAAGAGCGGACCAUUCCAACACCAGACUGGCAAUUCAGAUCGAAAAGGAUGCAGGAAAUGAUGACAAUAAUCUCAACUCCAUUUUUUAUGAGCAUUUGACAAGAUCUCUGCAGGAAUCUCUUUGUGGAGAUUUGAUUCUGGGCCGCUGGGGAAACUACAAUACAGGAGACUGUUUUAUUCUGGCAUCGGAUUAUUUAAAUGCCUUUGUGCACUUGAUCGAAAUUGGAAAUGGCCUUGUCACCUUUCAGCUCAGAGGGCUGGAAUUUCGAGGGACAUAUUGCCAGCAGAGAGAAGUGGAAGCUAUAACAGAAGGAGAUGAAGACAAUGAAGGCUGCUGCUGUUGUAAGCCUGGGCACCUGCCUCACUUGUUGUCAUGUAACGCAGCCUUUAACCUCCGAUGGCUGACAUGGGAAAUAACGCGAACCCAAUACAUCCUGGAAGGAUAUAGCAUCAUCGAUAACAACGCUGCAACAAUGCUGCAAGUGUUCGAUCUGCGGAGAAUACUUAUCAGAUACUAUAUAAAGAGUAUAAUAUACUUUACAGCAAGUUCUCCCAAAAUCCUUGACUGGAUAAAAGACGAAUCCAUCCAAAAGAUACUGCAGCCUUACGCAAAGUGGCAUUAUAUUGAACGUGACCUCGCAAUGUUUAACAUUAACAUAGAUGAAGAUUAUGUUCCAUGUCUCCAAGGAAUAACAAGAGCUAGUUUCUGCAGUGUUUAUCUGGACUGGAUUCAGUUCUGUGCUAGAAAAAGGGUGGAGAAAGCCACUCACCUGGACAGUGAUGAGGAUUCUCCUCUAGUGACACUUUCCUUUGCCUUGUGUAUACUGGGUCGAAGAGCUUUGGGAACGGCAGCUCACAAUAUGGCCAUCAGCUUGGACUCUUUUCUUUAUGGACUCCAUGCACUGUUCAAAGGAGACUUCCGGAUAGCGGCAAAAGAUGAGUGGGUCUUUGCAGACAUGGAUCUAUUGCAUAAGGUGGUUGCCCCAGCAAUACGUAUGUCUCUGAAGCUACACCAGGACCAGUUCACCUGCCCAGAUGAGUAUGAGGACCCAGCAGUUUUGUAUGAAGCCAUCCAAUCUUUUGAAGAGAAGGUGGUGAUUUGUCACGAAGGGGACCCAGCCUGGCGCAGCGCUGUACUCUCCAACAGAGAGGAGCUGCUCACCCUGAGACAUGUGGUAGAUGAAGGAGCAGACGAAUAUAAAGUUAUCAUGCUCCACAAAAGCUACUUGAGCUUCAAGGUUAUCAAGGUCAACAAGGAGUGCGUCAGAGGGCUUUGGGCUGGGCAGCAGCAGGAACUGAUUUUCCUACGCAAUCGUAACCCGGAGAGAGGAAGCAUCCAGAACAAUAAACAGGUCUUGCGGAACUUAAUUAAUUCUUCCUGUGAUCAGCCACUGGGAUAUCCAAUGUACGUUUCGCCUUUAACCACCUCAUACCUUGGGACACACAGCCAACUGAGGAACAUUUGGGGGGGACCUGUCAGUUUGGACAACAUUAAAAAGUGGUUCAGAUCCAAAUGGUUAAGAAUGCGGAAGGACUGCCAUGCAGCUCACCACGAGAGAGGUAACGUUGAAGAGGCAGAUAGUGGAGGCGGAUCUUCGUCUGGCAACAAUUCCACAGGCAAUUCAAGCCAGAGCAGUAGCUCGCAGCCCACUAGAGAUGGAACCCCUCAGUUGCAAGCCUCAUCUCAAGAGGUCCACCAGCGUGCAGGCAGGAGAAAACCCAGGAGUCAGUCCGUCCAGGCACACACUGCUUUAAACCAAAGGCCCCCUGCUUCAAGUCACUCUGGACCAAUUGCAGAAAGCCGCCAGCCUUUCAUCCAAACAUCUACAUCUGCCCAUGAAAUUGCCCAAAGGCUUUCUAGUAGUCAGCUGUCAUUCCACAACUCAGCAACAUCUGUGUUUUCCCAGUCCCCUGCUGUUCCUGUUGCUGGCCAGCUGACUGUGCAGGACCGAGCAGCAGCAAUGCUCAGGUCCAGUCUGGCCUCUUCCACCAGCUCAACUCUCAGCCUGCUGUUCGGCAAGAGAAGUUUUUCAAGUGCUUUGGUGAUUUCUGGGCUCUCGGCUGCAGAUGGAGGUAACACCAGUGACACCCAGUCAUCCAGUAGUAUGAAUAUCGCUAUGGGUCCAUCUGCUAGAGCAGCAAGUCAAGGAACUCGGCAACUCACCGAGACCUGUGAAGCAACAGAUGCUACAGAACCUAAGCCGCGGCGAGAGGCAGGUCCGGCCCACGCCAUAUUCAUGAGUCGGAACCUGGAGUGCAGAAGGGCCAGCCAAGAAGAUAUGGCCCUGGAAGACACUGCUUCUCAGCAAAGCCUGUCUGAGGAGCAGUAAGGAGUAUUCCUAGUGAGGGGCCACAUGCUGCUUAGAGUUAAAUAAAGACAAGAGUUAGGUCAGGGAGCUGCACGUGGGCUUAGGUUCUUUCAAAAGUAACAGGCAACCUCCAAAUGUUUAUUUUUCUAACUUCUACACAAGAAUACUAUGGGGCAGAUGUUCUUCAGCUAAAGGCCUUGGCAUGGGUAGGGUUGGAAGAUGUCCUAAAAAACACACAGUGCCACUUCAUCUCAGGUUCUUGUAAAUCCUAGAACAACGAAUACAACCUGUUUAACGUUCCUUCCCCUGGAACAGUUGGAAUCACAAAUUAAUACAGUGGGAAA